AUGUUCGAUGCAUUUCUACUAAAGCUUCCGGUGAAGCCAAUCAAUAAACCGGACCAUGUCCCUCCCCCACCCGAGGUCUGGGAAAUAAGGGUUCUUCUAAGCACCACAAUCUGCGAAAUCAAGGAGCUGAUCUGGAUGCAUAGCGAGGGCCACAAUUUAUCGCCUCCAUUCCUUCGAAUCAAAAUGUUCGGUGGACCAGUUGGUGAUUCUUCAUCUUUGGACUCUUUACUCGGUCUCAGUGAACCUCCCGCUUACGAUAACUCGAUUGAUGCGUUAUCCGUUAUCAUCGACUACACUUUAUUCGGCUCUCCAGCCAUUCCACACAGGGACCCGAUACCACUGUAUUUUGAUGUGGUGGUGAAUUCUACCAAUGAAGGCUCUAGAAGAACAGUGACAUACCGUGAAUCGCUUUGUUCUACUGUUAGAAGCAUAAAGGACCAGAUUGCAGAGAAAUACUCCCUCGAGGCCUCUGCGUUUGGCUUGAAAGUCACAGAUGGUGCUAUUCUAGAUGAUGAAUCGACACUCAGAGACGUCAUGGGACUUGACGUUCCACUUCCACGUAAUCAAAGGUUAGUGCUUCAAUUGGCAGAGCGUGGUACAUCACUUCUAAAGAUCUUCCAGAGGACCACAGGCAGGCAUUUUUCGUCCAUCAAUAUAACAAGUGCCACUACGGUACAAGAAGUUAAAGCGGUGGCAUCCAAGUACGCCGGUGUUCCUAUUCAUCUUAUCAGACUUACUUUCAGAGCACAUAUUAUAGCAGAGCCUGCUAUCCCGGAGGAUACGAGGACAAUUCUCGAUAUAUUACAGUGCGGAGGCACUCCUACUGAAGCUUUUGAAGUGGACUUUGAUGUUAAGGAUCAAGCUACAACGUUAAUCAACGGUGAAGAAUGGGCUCCAACGGGGAAUACUUUUGUUGAGGUGGAGGACCUGAAUGGAUCAGUGCGUUUGGUAAACCAAGCGGCUCUUUCUUCAAGCACGUACGAGGUUAAUUUUCAAGGUACUACCGUACAGCUUGAUACAUCAGACUGCAUUAUCAAUGACGAAGAAGGCUACGUUCUUAUAAGUCCUAUGGGGUACUCAAGGAUGAAGAACACAUGGGGAGACAGGAUACAGAAGGCUCAAAGAAGGACAAGAGGUGCUUCGAAUAACACAAGAGUUGAGCCUACCCCGGGAAGGGUUUUACAAUCGAACCCGGUGCUCCAACCACAAGUCAUGCAGCCACCACAACCUACUGAUGCAGCCGCCCCUGUCCAUCGAGCUCACGAAGCCGACCCAACUCAGCUUGCAGAAGAAAUUGCUGAAAGAGAUCAACGUCGUAACAUCGCUGGUCAAAGGCAAACUGUGUUUACUAGGCUAGUCGAAGCGGCGAUGGCCAACCGCCAGAAUCUUCGAAGGAUCGCCCUCAAUGUCUUCUUAAUGGCAAUUAUCAGUUUCGAUUUACUAUUCCUCCUAACAAUACCGAAGUUUGCAGUGUCGGUCGUGGUGCUUACGUUUCUCUACUCUAUUUUCAUCAGAGGAAGGGAUAUUAGUGACUGGCUCAACCAUUGGAUCCUCGGAGAAGGAGCGCCAAACACUAUUCCUUUCAGAAUGGUACGCUUUAUCUCGGCGACGACAAGAGGGGGUUACGACAUGUACCAUUUUAACUUUGAUCGGAUGUACAACUUCAUCUCCACUCUGGUCAUGCUGUUAAGACCAUCAAGAGAGGUUCAUCUUGAAAGGAUGGCCCGGCGGACUGACACGGUGAUGUUCUAUACUGUCUCCGCCUUACAAGAGAUCUGCGGAAUUGUCUUGUUGUUCGUUGCAACAAUCAUACCCACGGUGGAGACUGCUUUCACGGAACGGGAUCUUACAGAAAGAGCGGAGACUCGGGAACGCCUUAUCCAGAAAAUCAAACAAUACGUCGAAGAAGCCGAACACAGAGAAGAUUUCGAAAGUGUAAAAAGCUACAUUGAAAGUUCCGAAGGACCGCUAGAAGAUGUUUAUGCUUCGGAAGAUUGCGAAAGGCUCGUCAAAGCCUAUUUCACAGUUAUCAGAACGUGUACCGCUUCCCCGGAAGACGUGGGUUUGCUUAACACAUUAGCGGGGGAAUCUGCUGCAGCGAGAGUCGCCACACCAAGAGAACAAGAUUAUGAGGCGGGUGAAGCGGAAGAAGAUUUUCAAGAGGAGGCAUCACAGAUUCUGGUUGAGGGGAUCGACCCCAACAGUGGAGCAGAUUGGGAAGAUUUGAGAUCCAGAGAGGGUCGAUUAGCCGCCGAUGCUUUGAGCACUGGAGCUGAGUCUUUCGUUAUAAUGCAGUUCUCCGCCGUUACCAUUGUUGCCGCCUCCGUCGCCGCCGUCUCUGCCGCUUCCGUCGUCACUGAGACUGACCUCCAAUCUACCUUGGUCACCAUCACUGACUGUGGUCCAGAGGUCACUGACUGCCCAGCCAAGUCCUCCCUUGCUCCUCACAACCACACCGCCACUGCUAACGUCUCCUCUUACGAGGGUGCCGCUAACAAGCAGUACGCUGCUGGUGCCGUUGCUUUGGCUGCCGGUGCUUUGUUGGCUUUGUAA